CCGAGCCCCCCGCCCCCCGCCGGCGCCCCCUCCUCAGCAGCCGCGGGUCCUCGCCGCCGCGCCCGGCCCCGGCCCGGGCCCCCGCCGAUGCCGGCCAUGGUGGAGAAGGGCCCCGAGGUGUCAGGGAAGCGCAGAGGGAGGAACAACGCGGCCAGCGCCGCCGCCUCGGCCGCCUCGGCCGCCGCCGCCUCGGCCGCCGCCGCCGCCUCGGCCGCCUCGGCCGCCGCCGCCGCCUCGGCCGCGGCCGCCUCCUCCUCGGCCGCCGCCGCCGCCGCCGCCCCCAGUCACGGGCAGAAUAAAAGUUUGGCGGCGGCGGCGCCCAACGGCAACAGCAGCAGCAACUCCUGGGAAGAAGGCAGCUCGGGCUCGUCGAGCGACGAGGAGCACGGUGGCGGCGGCAUGCGGGUGGGACCCCAGUACCAGGCGCUCGUGCCCGACUUCGACCCAGCGAAACUAGCAAGACGCAGUCAAGAAAGAGACAAUCUUGGCAUGCUGGUGUGGUCACCUAAUCAGAAUCUCUCGGAAGCCAAACUGGAUGAGUACAUCGCCAUCGCAAAGGAGAAGCACGGGUACAACAUGGAACAGGCUCUCGGGAUGCUCUUUUGGCACAAGCAUAACAUUGAGAAGUCCCUGGCCGACCUGCCCAACUUCACCCCCUUCCCUGACGAGUGGACCGUGGAGGACAAAGUCUUGUUCGAGCAGGCCUUCAGCUUCCACGGGAAGACUUUCCACAGGAUCCAGCAGAUGCUCCCUGAUAAAUCAAUAGCAAGCCUGGUGAAGUUUUACUACUCUUGGAAGAAGACGAGAACUAAGACCAGCGUGAUGGACCGCCACGCGCGGAAGCAGAAGCGGGAGCGGGAGGAAAGUGAGGAUGAACUGGAAGAAACAAACGGAAAUAACCCCAUUGACAUUGAGAUUGAGCAAAACAAGGAAAGCAAAAAGGAGGUGCCCCCUUCGGAGACGGUUCCUCAGAUCAAGAAGGAGAAACACAGCACACAGGCUAAAAACAGAGCCAAGCGGAAACCCCCCAAAGGCAUGUUCCUGUCUCAGGAGGACGUGGAGGCCGUGUCUGCCAACGCCAGCGCGGCCGCCACCGUGCUCAGGCAGCUGGACAUGGAGCUGGUGUCCAUCAAGCGGCAGAUUCAGAAUAUCAAGCAGACAAACAGUGCUCUCAAAGAGAAACUGGAUGGCGGGAUAGAGCCGUAUCGACUCCCAGAGGUCAUUCAGAAAUGUAACGCGCGCUGGACCACGGAAGAGCAGCUGCUUGCCGUCCAAGCCAUCAGGAAGUACGGCCGAGACUUCCAGGCCAUCUCAGAUGUGAUUGGUAACAAAUCAGUGGUACAAGUGAAAAACUUCUUUGUAAAUUAUCGGCGCCGCUUCAACAUAGACGAAGUGUUACAGGAGUGGGAGGCCGAGCACGGGAAGGAGGCCAACGGGCCCGGCGGCCAGACCCCCGCCAAGUCCCCCGACCGUACUCUCAAGCUGCCCGAGGAGGACGACGAGGCUGCUUCUGUUCUGGACGUCAGGUACGCGUCUGCCUCCUGAGGAACGUCGCCUUGCGCACUUCGUGCGGGCGCCUGCGUCCCCGCUGUCAGGUGUCCCAGACGCCACCCAGCCAUCUGCAGCCCAUCUCUGGACAAGCAGCUAUUACCAAAAAGGCUCCACUGCAGUCCUGUGCUCUCCAUCUGCCUUAAUCCUCGCUCGUCCCGCCUGCCAGCGCCGCGCGCGGGAACCUUCUGGGAUUCGGGGACCAUCUCCGGCUCGAGCUCCCAAGCCCCUCGGUCAGCGCAUCCAUCAGCAGCUUUGAAGCAGGCGCGGGGCGUGGGAGGCACGGCUCUGCUUCCCGCCACUCUGGCGGCUGGGCCCGCUCCCGCGGGGAAGCUUCCUGCUCUCCUGAGGCAUCCGCCGAAGCGAUAAUCAUGUUUCUUUGGACGCCACCAGGUAUCGGCAGGCUGCGCCAUAGCUUUCACCGUGCCAAACACCCCGAUCGGCGUUUCCCUACACCUAGGGUACAAUCAUGCUUUAUAAAUGUAGUGGGCUUCAGCCCCCUCCCCGCUCAUUCACACCUUCUGCCUGCGCCCUGCACACCCGAGGGAGCGGGGCCUCACCCCCUCUGCCUUCAGCCCUCAGCGUUGUGCCCCCAGGAUGGUGCCGCCCUCCCACUCGCACCUGGUGCUCGGACAUUCGGAAUCGGUGCCUUCUCCUUAGGGCAGCCACGUUUGCGAUCCUUGGUCUGUUUCAGUGUCUUAUUUUUCUUUAAAGCUAUUGCUCGCCAAAGAUGACAGCACCUAGGUCGGGGCGGGGAGCGGCGCGGAUUCUGCCGGGACGGCCCACGGUGUCGGGAGCUCCCUCCCCGUGCGCUCCGCGCCGAGUCCUUUGCUUCAGGACAGACAGCGGUUGGGUCCUUUUUCUUAGAGAAGCCAGAUGAGAACGGACUGUUUCUAGGUGGUGUGCUGUGCCCUUUGGCCGCCCUGGGAGCAAGUCGGGUUCCCAGUGCUCAAGGAGCCGCCCCUUCCCGCCUGACGACCUGCGGGAGUGGUUUUGUGUUUCUUGCCUGACUUAAAUGUUUUUCCUGCUUUCAAUACCAAAAAAUUAAAUAAAAAAAUGCAGAUACUUUAAGGUUUAAACAAUUCUUAAAGAUUUAAAAUAUGCAAUUAAAAUUUUGGUGUGUUUUAAGCCCCAAGCACCUUGCUUGCUUUGUUCUUAUAUUUAAAUAAAGUCGACUGGGUUUAGGAAGAGGGUCAACUAGGGACCUAGAUUGUUGGAGUUACACUUUUUUAAUAAGUCUGGAGAAAUGUCUUUCUUUCAAAAAGGGAAUGAAAUGGGGCUCUGCCAGCUUUGACAGCCUCUCCCUGCCCUGGUGUGUGACAGCUGAGCAGGGUACAGGGCAGCCGCGGCUCGGGACAGGAGCCGAGGGAAGGCUGCAGAGCCGGCCCGGUAUCCCCCUCACUGGCAAAGGGUGGGAGCACCCGAGGCAGGAGCGGAGCUGGAACCGGGAAGCAGUGGCCUGUGCCGGCCACACGGGCUCCCUGUGCUGCCCAGCAGCAGGGCUGUUUGCUGCUGUCCACUCCGUCCCUGUCGGUCCCUACAGGCAGUGCGCUCUUGCUGGCGUCACCCAGCAGCACCAGGCCGCGGCACCCGCACCACUCCCUGGGGCCUGGCGCCGGUGGGCUUGGCUUUGCAGGGUCUCCGUGCUGGAGCACUCGGCCUCGCAGCUCAGAAUUUGGGUGCUCUCUGUGGGAAAGGGGAGUUUCCAGCGGCCCGCCUGGCUGCCCGAGCGCAGCGUCACGCAUCAGAUCGCUCUGUGUAAACUGUUGCAUUCCACUGUCUUUGCAAUGAUGUCAAUGCAAGGAAUCACUCUGCUUGAGAAGCAGAGGGAUUCGGUCUGGAAUCUACGCAGACCCUUUCCACAUAUCCAGGCGUGGGCUGCAGGCGGCUCGUGUAGCCGCGGCGGGGUCCACGUGUCCAGAUGUGCGUGUGCAGGCGGCUCACGGACAGUGUGGCAGAGGCGGUGGCCGCAGCUUCGUCUCUGAAACAUUAUCAAUGUGAAUGUCAUAAUUAUAUAGAUAUUUUUUGUGGAAAAUUUCUCCUAAGUAUAAGUUAUUGUGCAAAAUAUAGUACCAUGAAGCAAAUGAUAGUUUAACUUUUAGUUUAGAGAUCCUAAAAGAUAUAAAUUGUAUUUGCAUAUGCAUUAAAAGUUUGUUUUAUUUAAUUUUGUGUAGACAUGUAAAGUGUUAGGGAACAGUUUUUGUUGGUUGUCUGUUUUUUGUUUUGUUUUUUCUUUUUCACUUAACCAUUUGAACACCUUGUUACUUGAAUACCGUAUUGACUGGUCUGAAACAGUGGUCACCUCUGUAAUAGAGCUCUCUCAACCAGGAGGGAAGCAGGCCUCAGUUGUGCUGUUAAGACGCGAGUGGGACAAGCCGAGGUUAGUGGGACUCGCCCACACAAGGGCCCUGGGACACCAGGCCCACCAGAGCCAUGCAUAGACCCCCGGUGGCCACAGGCCUCUACUCAAAACAUGAAAAUGCAAAAGUCGAGUUUUAAAAGCUCACUCUGGUAGACUAAUGACACAGACGCCCUCUGUGUUACGGUUUCCUCAGUUACCACACACCACUCUUAAGUGUGCUCAUUGUCACUUUAAAUUUCGACUAUGCCCUAUUUUUAUCUUUCUGGAAAUCAGAAGUACUAUUGGUAUAAUUGCAUACCAAAAAGACGCCAAACAGUGCAUUACACUAACUGAAUCCCCGCUCUGAGUACAGGCAAGGUGGGGCAGCUCACUCUAACCUGCUUCUGAACUAGCGGCCCAGGAUCAGGCUUUUCUAGAAGGUGUGAUUUGCCUCAAGGUCGUUGAGCAGACGUGAAUCUAGUGACCUUGUGCAGUGCUCCAGGGCCCUGGUCUCUGCAGCUUCCCUAACUCUAGCCAAGCACAACUGCAGCCACGCCCGGCCCUGAGGAGGGUCUGGGGAGUCCAUGCAUGUUGUAGGGUUCGAGCGUUUACAGUCGCCUUCUCUGAAAACGAAGCUUCCCCCUGCACUGGGCAGGACUCCGUGAGGUAGACUUCUCGACUUUGCGAAGUGCUUUUUAGAUUGCUUACACGAGUUUUUCAAGAUUUUAAAAGAUGUAUAAGGUUAAGUUUGCAAAUAUAAUGGAAAUGCUGUAUAUCUUUUGAAGUGAUAAAAAUCCAUGUUGAAAUUUUAAAGAAACAUGUUGUAAUAAUGCUAUUGUAAGGAAUAUUUUAAUGUCUCUUCUGCCUGUUUUCUAUUUCAGCACAUAUUCAUUGUGAUGGGAGUUCAGAGCAUUACCAUUGCUUAGCCAUUGAAUGAGAACAUUUGUUAGUGGAAAUUGGAAAUUUUAUUUGUGAAAUUCUGCAGAAUUCAUUUUUCUAUUUCUGAUACUUGCUGGAGUUCAAUAAAAAUUUUCAAGCCAUUGA